AGCUCGCUCUAUGAUUGGCGGGAGUGGACCGGAGGGAAGGUGGCGGCGGCGAGGUCACGACCCGGAAGCGGAUCGGCCAUGUUGCCGGGUGACCCCGGGAGCGGUGCCGGGAGGGACCAGGAGCGCCUCCCCUUCCCCCUCUCCUCGCCUUCCCGGACGCCGCCCCGCGCCCCCGGCCCCCAUGGCAGCGUGGUCCCGACGGGCCGUCCUGACCCUCUACCGGGCUCUGCUGCGCCAGGGCCGCGGGCUGCGCUACACCGACCGGGAUUUCUACCUCGCUUCGAUCCGCCGCGAGUUCCGCAAGAACCAGGGGCUGCGGCAGCUGGAGGACAAGGAGAGGCAGCUGGAGAAGGGGCAGGCUUUCCUGCGGAGCAAACUCGGGGGCCUGGUUUAG